AUGGGGUUGUGAAGGGUGGUGGUCUCAGGCAGUCGGAUAUACAGGUACACAACCUAAAGCUUUGCCCGUAUAGCAAGUUCAAUGGGACGGCGAGUUUUGAAGGAUCUGGAAGUCAUAACAGUGCUUAUUUUGUGGAGAACUCAGCUUUCCUGCAGCGGUCGUCACAAACUGUUAAUGAGUCUUUAUGCUGAUAGUCUCAGUUUUCAUAUGCGGAGAAAGGUAUAG